GUUGCAAGAGCUAGUGCUAAAACCGCUCAGUCUACUCGUAAGAUACACAGCAUUAAGACGCAGCAUACACCGUAAUUUACUUGGUUAAACAAUAACGAUUUGUGUUAUUCAUAUACUUAAAAUUUUGUGAUCAACACCCAAUAAAGUUUAUAAAAACAUUAAAAAAAAGAUUCGCGUAUAUACUGCAAAAAGUUCAGUUGGUUAAAAAUUUAAAACAAUAACAUAUAAAUUGAAUUGUGUUUUUUUAUCAAAAAGUCUUUGAUAUUCAAUAUUCCUUAAAACGUGUUUGAUAAAAAAUGUCUUACAAACGUUUCAAAAAGUGCCGACGGUGAAUCUUCAGAAAACACAUUUAAUUGGUUUCUCACAAUUUCCUAACUCAACGUUCUUCAAUUAUUUAAAAAAUGGACGCCUACGCUUUACCCACAUAUUUUCCACUUGCAUAUUCUGAAUUGCAGUUUUUAGCGUCCAGACGAGCUGCUGCUGUGGCUGCCGCGGCAACCGUUUUGCCAGGCUCUCCGUGCAUUAACCAUGUUCAUACAACAGAUGUUUCGAGUUCUGUAACAGUUCCAUCCAUAAUUCCAACGGUGGAAGCACCACCGGCCACCUCAGUUCAACCACCUGUAAUUAAUGGAGGCGGUCUUCUUGCAAAUAAUUCUGGCCCCCAUCCCAAUCACCAGCAUCAACAUAUACAUAGUUUAACUGGACAAACUCACGGACAUGAAUUUCAUCCAGCUUAUAGAAUUCCCGGAUAUAUGGAACAAUUAUACUCCCUUCAACGAAGUAGCCCCACAGCUUCCUUCCAUGAUCCCUACGUGAACUGCGCUUCAGCUUUUCACCUUGCCGGACUUGGAUUGGGAUCAGGAGACUUUUUGGGAAACCGCGGCAUGGGUUCUCUGGGUGAUCUGCAUCAUGCGGCAGUGGCAGCAGCUGCCGGAUCUCUAGCAAGUACUGAUUUCCACUUCAGCAUCGAUGGUAGCAGGCGGCUAAGUAGUCCUCGACCACCAGGUGGCAGUAUUCGCGCAAGCAUCAGUCGCAAACGAGCCCUUUCCUCAUCGCCAUAUUCUGACUCGUUUGAUAUUAAUUCAAUGAUUCGAUUUUCACCAAACUCAUUAGCCACGAUUAUGAAUGGCUCUAGAGGAAGCAGCUCAGCAAGCGGUUCUUACGGCCAUAUUUCAGCUAACGCCAUUAACACCAUGCCUCAUGGACAUUCUUCGCGAUUACAACAGAUCCAAGCCCAUUUGUUGCGCGCAAGUGCAGGGCUUUUAAGUCCGUUGACCUCACAACAAGCAGCUACAGCCGGGAUUUCUAUAAGUCAUGCUGCAUGUGCGGCUGCUGGAAGCUUAAACGAUGUUCAUCGCAACCUAAACGAUUUACCUAACCAAAUAACAUCUUCAAGUGGAAGGCUGGUUUCUGAUGAUCACAAGCAUAUAUCAUCGCUCUCGCAAAAAAACUUCGACAACGGAAAUUCAAAAAAUCGACAGUAUAAAAAUGUUGUCGCCGAGCAGCCUUCAUCAACAUCUGGCAGUGUGGCUCAAGUAGAAGCAGACAGUGCCUCAUCACAUUUGACGGACCAGUGUCACAAGAAAUCAUCAAUCAAUAGCAAAAGUGUUGCAGACGAUGUGAAAAUCAGCAAUCGUUCUGAAGAAUUUACUAGUCUUGGAACAGCUUCGACUCUGCUAAACGAAUAUGAUUGUGCCAACGCUGAUACGACAGAUAUAAAAGACGAGCCCGGAGAUUUUGUGGAAACGAACUGUCAUUGGCGUAGUUGUUGUAUUGAGUUUAUUACACAAGAUGAACUUGUUAAACACAUAAAUAAUGACCAUAUUCAAAACAACAAAAAAGCUUUUGUCUGUCGAUGGGAAGAUUGUACACGUGGUGAAAAGCCCUUCAAAGCGCAGUACAUGCUCGUUGUGCACAUGCGCCGUCAUACUGGAGAAAAGCCACACAAGUGCACAUUUGAGGGUUGCUUUAAAGCGUACUCACGACUGGAAAACCUGAAAACUCAUUUACGGUCACAUACAGGCGAAAAGCCAUAUACCUGCGAGUAUCCGGGAUGUAGUAAAGCGUUCAGUAAUGCCAGCGAUCGAGCGAAACACCAAAACCGUACUCACAGCAAUGAGAAGCCCUAUAUUUGUAAGGCUCCUGGCUGCACAAAACGAUACACUGACCCAAGUUCUCUGCGAAAACAUGUAAAAACAGUUCAUGGUGCUGAGUUCUAUGCGAAUAAAAAACAUAAGGGCUUGCCCUUAAAUGAUGCCAACUCGCAAUUGCAAAAAGACAGAGGCCCGGGUCGGCAUCUUCAAGAACAUAAUAUUGACUCAAGCCCUUGCAGUGAAGACCUGCAAAUGGGAAAGAUGCUAGGUAUGUCUAGUCCCAGCACUAAAUCUGAAUCAGAUGGAAACUCUCCACAUCAUCUGGUGAAUGGAGUUCGAGCAUCAGAUUGUUUGUUAGCAUUUUCACCACAUGACGUUGUCGAGAAUUUAACUUUAGAGGACAACUGGAAUUGUGAUGAUGAUGUGGACGUGGCUGACCUACCAAUUGUUUUACGAGCAAUGGUAAAUAUUGGGAGCGGAAGUUCGUCGACAUCUACUUUAGGAGGUGGUGUAAUGGCACGGCAGCGAUUUAGAAGUCGUCUCCAAACUAAGGGUAUCAACGCAAAUACGGCUGUGCUCUGCAACAUUCCAGAAAGCAAUCGAAUUAUUGGAAUCAAUGAACUGAACCAGCGUAUUACUGAAUUAAAAAUGGAACCAGGUUUAACUGGAGACAUUAAAGUUCCUAUUCCCCUGAAUAGUGGCAAAGAUGUGUUUCCAGAAGACUUGUCGUCACAAAGUCAAGUAAACUUUCGCAACGCAACUUUUAAUAAACAAAGCUUUUCCAUCAUUCCCGGCUUAAUGCAAGGGCAGCCUCGCCGCGAUAGCCAAAACUCUAAUACGAGUACAUAUUAUGGUAGUAUGCAAAGUCGUCGCAGUAGUCAAUCAUCACAGGUGUCUUCUAUAUCCACAAUGAGACCAGAAUCUUCUUACAACACAGCAACAGCUUCUUUUUAUGACCCGAUUUCACCAGGAUGCUCGCGACGCUCUAGCCAAAUAUCAAAUAUAACCAACUACAAUGCCGUUAUUACGCAAUCAGGACAAACUCCUAUAAACAAUGACUUGAUUACAAACAGCAGCCCAAAUGCUUCCAUUAUUAAACCAAAUGUUGGUGCUCAGCGGGCUAAUUAUUUGAACAACAGUCUUCCUCCACCACCGUCGUCUCAUUUAAUUGACACUAAUUUGAAACGUUUGCAGGAGACGGAGCCCAAAACAUGUACUCAAAAUUCAACAAGUGGUCGAUUUUCAAUAUCCAAUUUUAUGCAUUCUUCAAGCAGCAACAAACCGACCGAUGAGAUUGAUUUCGAAAAAUCAAUGCCAAAUAACACAUUUCGACGUCAGUCUGAACCAGUGUCGAAUGUAAGUUUCAAUUCAGUAACAAAUAUCCCUCGAUUUAGUACCCCAGUAAAUAAUUUUCAAACACCUGUUGGAAAGAGUAGACACAACAAUACAAAAGCUUAUUCAAACCUGGAGAAUGAUUUAAAGACUGUAAAAGGAAGUGUUCAAACGAAGUCUUACAUGACUACUACAAGUGAAAAACAUCCAAAUGAAAGAUUUAAUUUAGAUGAAGUUGAAGAGCUUAUACUUCCCGAUGAGAUGCUUCAGUACCUAAAUUUGGUAAAAGACGAUACUAAUCAUAUCGAUAAGGGACAUGAGCACCUUUUAUCUGAAAACAUGACAUCUAGUGAAAAUCGAGUACGCGUAGUGUCAAACUCAAAUUCAUGUAAGAAAGCGUUAUCCCCAUUAAGCUCAAACUUUGAUGUCCUUAUCGACUUACAACAAAGCUCAUCAAACUUGUCAGAGAAAAAAGAAUUUACCAUUGAUAUUAUAGAAGGCUUGUUCAGGCAAGAAGAACCAAGUACUGAUCCUGUGCUACAGACAAAAGAGCUGACGAAAUAUAGAAGUUUUCCUCAAGGGACACCGAAAGAUGUAAGCAUGGAUGUUGGUAUCAAACAACAGCAACCAUCACCAUCGCACUAUCAUCAAGAAACCAAUAACUCAAAUCAAAAUCAAAUCAUUGACUCAUCAAUGACAAGUUUACCAGAGCUCAAUGUGACUUCAAUAUUUUCGCGCAUUGACUCAGAAAAAGGUUCUAAAACUCAUAGAGACCAAGAAAAUGAGAUUCAAUGCGGCAUUAUAAGCCAGUCUCAAAUGUCUCCUUCAUUAAAUAUUCAUAACGACUGCCAGAUUUCCACCUCGAGGUUGGCUCCCCCUACAGCAUUAAAGUUUUCAUGUCAACCUCGAAAUUUAGUUUGUGACACCCAAGCGAAUAAUAUCAGUUCAAUGCAGUCAGAAACGUACCAGCGUACUUUAGAAUAUGUACAAAGUUGUCAAAAUUGGAUGGAAACAAAUAACUCAAUUUCCGAUCAUGUUCAAGGCCUGCCUGGGGUGCCAGUAAUUAAUUCAUUGUGGCCUGAUGUAAGCAGCUCUACACACCCAUAUCCUGGAACAAAUAUGGUGAUCAAUGAUAUGACAACAUCCCUAUCUUCUUUGUUAGAGGAGAAUAGAUAUCUUCAAAUGAUGCAAUAGGAAAAUAUACUAGAGAUUACUAUUUUUCUUGCAGUAUAGUGGUAAAUGGAGAUCGAAAAUAUUUAUAGAGACGAAAGUCACUCAUAAACGGAAAUCUGAAUUUUAUUUCAAUAAAGUAAAAAAUUGUCAACGUCAAAAUUUCCUAAUAGACAAUAGAAAAACAAACUGGAAUUAUAAAAUGUUUUAGACUCACAUAAGAUGGAGUCGCCAUUAGUUUUUUAAGUUUAAAAGAUAUCUUACUUUUGAGGUAUGCGCAAUAAAUAUGUCUUCCAAAACUAUCUCAAUUAUACAAUUAUAAUACAUUUAAGUAAAUAAAAAAAUAUAUUUUUUCAUGAAA